GAGGCUGCUGAGGCGGCUGAGGUGAAAAAUGGCUCGGACGACUGCGGAGGCUGCGGCUGCUGGGACGGUGUGAGGUGCAUCUAAUUUAUCCCUUGGGACCUACAAGACAGACUUGUUUUGAAGAAGAUAGGUUUGAUCUUUUAAAUGGACAUCCUUUUUACAGAAUGGCUCAGAUAUCCAGUAACAAUGGGUUUAAGCAGUGUUCAUCCUCACCUUUGGGGCCAGCAAAAACUAAAGAUGUUGACAGAGAAGAAGCAUUACAGAUGGAAGCUGAAGCUCUAGCAAAACUUCAAAAGGACAAACAAGUAAUUGAAAAUCAGAAAGGUUUCAAAUUGUUAAGUAAUACUGCUCAAAAAUCACAAGAAAUUCAUAACAAACAGGACCUUGAUCUCAUGGUGUUUCCUGAAUCAGAUUCACCCAAAAGUGCUGUAGAUAUUGAUAUUGAAAAACUAACUCAUGCUGAACUUGAGAAAUUACUGCUGGAUGACAGUUUUGAGUCUAGUAAAGCUCCACCAAUGCCAGUUACUCCUGUGUUGAGCCCUUCUUUUUCAGCACAGUUUUAUCUACGGCCUACUAUUCCAAGAGGACAAUGGCUACCUGGAUUACCUGGGCCUUCCACUUGCACUUUACCUUCUAUUUAUCCGUCAGCUUACUGUAAACAAUCUGGUGCGUUCCAAAAUGGCUUCAAUCCAAGCAUGUCUACGUUUCCAUCUACAGAACCUAUUUAUUUAAGUCUUCCAAGACAAUCCCAGUACAUUUCAUACCCUUUGACACCUACUACAUCUUUUCUUCCACCAGGAAGUUUACCCAUCUAUCGACCAGCAGUCAGUCCUGAAAUGGCAAAACUGUUUGAUAAAAUAGCUAGCACUUCAGAAUUUUUAAAAAAUGGUAAAGCAAGGACUGACUUGGAGAUAAGUAAUACAAAAACUGCUGUCAGUAAUCUGCAAACAUCCCCAAAGCAUGAUGAUAUCAGUAAAUUUGACUGGCUAGACUUAGAUCCUUUAAGUAAACCUAAAGUGGAUAAUGUGGAGGUGUUAGACCAUCUAGAAGAGAAAAAUGCUCCAGUUUUAACAGCAGAGGAUCCUUGGGAUGCUGUGCUUCUUGAAAAGAGAUCACCAGCAGGUUGUCUUGAAAAAAAAGUGAAUGGAAAGUCCCUUUUGGGAUCAACAGUAACAAGAAGUCAUUCUUUAAAUAUCAGAUCAACUCAACUUACAAAAGUCCAAGGCCAAAUAUCUCAGAAAGACAGUGGGACCAGUAGUUUGUCAACUGGAAGUUCUCUUUUGCAAGAAAUUGAAAUCCAGAAUGAGGAGGUGGCAGCUUUUUGUAGAACCAUUUCAAAAUUGAGGACCAACUUUCUACAUACCAAUCGAAUCACAAAUCCAGGUUAUGUGCUAAGCCCAGUUAUGAUGCAGAGAAACACAUGUGGAGAGAAUUCUAGUGUGAAGGUUUCCAUAGAAAUCGAGGGAUUUCAGCUACCAGUUACUUUUACAUGUGAUGUAAGUUCCACUGUUGAGAUUAUAAUAAUGCAAGCACUUUGCUGGGUCCAUGAUGACUUGAAUCAAGUAGAUGUUGGCAGCUAUGUCCUUAAAGUCUGUGGUCAAGAAGAAGUACUUCAGAAUAACCAUUGCCUUGGAAGUCAUGAAUAUAUUCAGAACUCUCGAAAAUGGGACACAGAAAUUAAACUGCAGCUCUUGACCUUUGAUGCAAUGUGCCGAGAUCUCGCUCGAACAGCAGAAGAUGAUAAAACACCUACAGAUGUAAGCAAAUAUCUACACCAUAUAGAAAUUCCAUUUAAAGAAGUCAUGACAAGACAUUCUGUUGAAGAACUUUUAGAUACUUAUCAUAAUCAAGUAGAGAUGGCUUUUCAAAGUGAAAGCCAAUAUAAAGCAGUAGAUCAGAUAAUCAAAGCAGUAAGAAAAAUUUGUUGUGCUUUAGAUGGUGUAGAGACUGUAGCCAUUACAGAAUCUGUAAAGAAACUAAAAAGAGCAGUUAAUCUUCCAAGGAGCAAAAGUGAUGAGGUGACUUCAUUAUCCAGAGGUGACAUAAUAAGCAAGAGUUCGAGUAGGGGUUCCCUGACUUCAGAAAAUCCUGUUCAAAUAAGCAUGGACCAGUUAACUGCAGCCAUCUAUGAUCUUCUCAGACUCCAUGCAAACUCAUGUGGUGGGCCUGUAGAUUGUGGACAAAGUCAUAGGACUGCUAAGGAAGCAUGGACUACAACAGAACAACUACAGUUUACAAUAUUUGCUGCACAUGGAAUUUCACCUAAUUGGGUAGCAAAUUAUGAAAAAUAUUAUUUAAUUUGUUCCUUGACUCACAAUGGGAAGGAUCUUUUUAAACCUAUUCAAUCGAAGAAAGUUGGCACAUAUAAAAAUUUCUUCUAUCUUAUUAAAUGGGAUGAACUAAUCAUUUUCCCAAUUCAGAUUUCCCAAUUACCUUUGGAAUCACUUCUUCACCUUACUCUUUUUGGAAUUUUAAAUCAAAACAGUGGAAGUUCUCCUGACUCUAAUAAACAGAGAAAGGGACCUGAGGUUUUAGGCAAAGUUUCUUUACCUCUUUUUGAUUUUAAGCGGUUCUUAACUUGUGGAACUAAGCUUCUCCACCUUUGGACUUCAUCCCCUACACAACCAGUACUUGGGAUAACCCACAAAAAGGGACAUGUGAUGGAAAGAAUAGUGUUACAGGUUGAUUUUCCUUCCCCAACAUUUGAUAUCAUUUAUACAACACCUCAAGUUAAUGGUAGCAUUGUACAGCAGCAGUGCUUAGAAACACUGGAAAAAGAUACUAAAGGAAAACUUCUUGCCAUUCUUUCCAGAGAUUCUUCAUUUGGACUUUCUAAAGAAGAUAAAGCCUUUUUGUGGGAAAAGCGUUAUUAUUGCCUUAAACACCCAAGCUGCCUUCCAAAAAUACUAGCAAGUGCUCCAAAUUGGAAAUGGGCAAAUCUUUCUAAAACAUACUCAUUACUUCAGCAGUGGCCACCAUUGUCUCCACUGAAUGCCCUGGAACUGCUGGAUUCAAAAUUUGCUGAUCAGGAAGUGAGGACCCUGGCUGUAAACUGGAUUGAGUCAAUUAGUGAUGAUGAGCUAACUGAUUUCCUCCCACAAUUUGUACAAGCUUUAAAGUAUGAAAUUUACCUGGACAAUUCAUUAGUGAGAUUUCUCUUGUCCCGAGCAUUGGGCAAUAUUCGUAUAGCACACUACUUAUAUUGGCUACUGAAAGAUGCCCUACAUGAUGCACAUUUUGGUGUUCGAUACGAGCAUAUCCUGGGAGCCUUCUUGUCAAUUGGAGGAAAGGGGCUAAGGGAAGAACUCUUAAAGCAGACAAAAUUUGUACAACUUUUAGGAGGUGUUGCAGAGAAAGUCCGACAGACUAGCGGAUCAGCCCGGCAGGUUGUCCUUCAAAGGAGCAUGGAACGUGUACAGUCCUUUUUCUUAAGAAAUAAAUGUCGUCUUCCUCUCAAUCCAAGUCUUGUGGCAAAAGAACUGAAUAUUAAGACAUGUUCCUUCUUCAGUUCUAAUGCAGUUCCUCUGAAAGUCACAAUGGUAAAUGCCGAUCCUUUAGGGGAGGAAAUCAAUGUCAUGUUUAAGGUUGGUGAAGAUCUACGGCAAGAUAUGUUGGCUUUACAAAUGAUAAAGAUUAUGGAUAAGAUCUGGCUAAAGGAGGGACUGGAUCUGAGAAUGGUCAUUUUCAAGUGUCUUUCAACAGGCAAAGAUAGAGGUAUGGUGGAGCUUGUACCUGCUUCAGAUACACUCAGGAAAAUCCAAGUAGAAUAUGGAGUGACAGGAUCCUUUAAAGAUAAGCCACUUGCAGAAUGGCUGAGAAAGUAUAAUCCUUCUGAAGAAGAAUAUGAAAAGGCUUCUGAGAAUUUCAUCUAUUCAUGUGCUGGAUGCUGUGUAGCCACCUAUGUGUUAGGUAUCUGUGAUCGACACAAUGACAAUAUAAUGCUACGAAGUACAGGACAUAUGUUUCACAUUGACUUUGGAAAGUUUUUGGGCCAUGCACAAAUGUUUGGUAGUUUUAAAAGGGAUCGAGCUCCUUUUGUGUUAACCUCUGAUAUGGCAUAUGUCAUUAAUGGGGGUGAAAAACCUACCAUUCGUUUCCAGUUGUUUGUGGACCUCUGUUGCCAGGCCUAUAAUUUGAUAAGAAAGCAAACAAACCUCUUCCUUAACCUUCUUUCAUUGAUGAUUCCUUCAGGGCUACCAGAACUUACAAGCAUUCAGGACUUAAAAUAUGUCAGAGAUGCUCUUCAGCCCCAAACUACAGAUGCAGAAGCUACAAUUUUCUUUACAAGGUUAAUUGAAUCAAGUUUGGGGAGCAUAGCUACAAAGUUUAAUUUCUUCAUUCACAACCUUGCUCAACUUCGUUUUUCUGGACUUCCUUCUAAUGAUGAGCCCAUUCUUUCAUUUUCACCCAAAACAUAUUCCUUUAAACAAGAUGGUCGAAUCAAGGAAGUUUCUGUUUUUACAUACCAUAAGAAAUACAACCCAGAUAAACAUUAUGUUUACGUAGUACGAGUUUUGAGAGAAGGACAGAUUGAACCUUCAUUUGUCUUCCGGACAUUUGAUGAAUUUCAGGAACUUCACAACAAACUUAGCAUUCUUUUUCCACUUUGGAAGUUACCAGGCUUUCCUAAUAGGAUGGUUCUGGGAAGAACUCACAUAAAAGAUGUAGCAGCUAAAAGAAAAAUUGAACUCAACAGUUAUUUACAGAGUUUGAUGACUGCUUCAGUAGAUGUUUCAGAGUGUGAUCUUGUUUGUACUUUUUUCCAUCCUUUACUUCGUGAUGAGAAAGCUGAAGGAAUUGCUAGAUCUGCAGAUGCAAAUCCCUUGAGUCCUACCUCUGGCCAAGUAGGAGGAGCAGUGAAAUUGUCCAUUUCUUAUAGAAAUGGCACUCUUUUCAUCAUGGUGAUGCAUAUCAAAGAUCUUGUUACUGAAGAUGGAGCAGAUCCGAAUCCAUAUGUAAAAACAUACCUACUUCCAGAUACUCAUAAAACAUCAAAACGUAAAACCAAGAUUUCUCGAAAAACUAGAAACCCAACAUUUAAUGAAAUGCUUGUGUACAGUGGAUACAGCAAGGAGACUUUGAGACAACGAGAACUUCAGUUAAGUGUACUCAGUGCAGAAUCCUUGCGGGAGAAUUUUUUCUUAGGUGGAAUAACUCUGCCCCUAAAAGAUUUCAAUUUGAGCAAAGAGACAAUUAAUUGGUAUCAACUGACAGCAGCAUUAUAUUUGUGAGUAUUGGACGGUUGGAAGCAAAAGGAGAUGAAUGAACCCUACUGACUUGUACUUUUGUAUGUUUUUUUUUACUUGGACAGAACUUAAGAUAUUAUAUAAAGUUGCAUUUUCAGCACAUCUGUUAAACCAAUAGUCACAAAAUUAACAUGGUGAUAUUUUAUGGGAGUCAUUAUAAUUUUACAAUUACUAUGGGAAGCUGCAAACCCCAAAAUUAAUUUUUUACAAGUUUCUUAAAAUGUGUGCUUUUUGAUAAUGAAGUUUUUCAACUGUCACUUAAACUAUUCAAGAGUAAUAAUUUUGGCUUAGUUUGAUUGUACUGUAUCAGUUCAACCUCCUAUAUUUUUAUUGCCCACCCUACAAAUCGGAUCUGUUCUUUUUAUUUUUUUGCUAUUUUUAUAGUCACCAUUGUAUGUAUGAAAACAUCAAAGUAGAGAAAGGUACUUCGUUUUAGCAAAAGAAACCCACUGCUGUUUCUUUUUUUUUCCAUUGCAGCAAAGUAAAUGAUAAAUAAGGCAUGGUUAAAAAAAAAAAACAAAACAAACUACUGGGUAGUACAAAGAUUGAAAGAAUUAAGAAAAUGGAUAGUGUUGCUUUUACAUUAUUCAUGCCAGAGUCCAAUGUCUUUAAAACCUUUUUCAGAGUGAGUGCCAACAAUUGAAGUUGUAAAUAAUGGUGCCUUAACUUCAGAUGCUUCCCUCCCUGGCACCUCAUUUCUGGUGGUUUUUCCAGACUUGCUCAUUAUUAAAUAUUUUAUAUAUCUUUCCAGUUACUAAAUCAACACAGGAAAGCUUUCACUUUGUGAAUUAAGCAUCUACUAAUCCUUUUCCCAUGGAAAAACCACUUGUUACACUAGUAAUACAGUUGUAACAUCCAUUCAGUCAUACCGUGUCACACAACCUCUAUUAGUUACUCAGUAACUUGAUGUGAAUGAAAGUGAAAUGUACAGGAAAAAUACAUUCAUUCCAUUAUUACAGACCUAUGCUUAUGCCUAGUGAAAUUAUGUAAAGCUUAAGCAUCGUGCACUUAUACUCUGACCCCUUAGUAACAAGGGAAAUUUUUUUUACCUGUGGCCCAAAUUCCCAUACACUUUGAAAACAUCAUCAAAGCAGACUCUUGUUUAUAAGUCUAGGAUAUUAGUAAGUAGGUAUUUGUAGGUCUAAUCUGACCUUAACCAUAGACCUUUUGUAAUUCAUAUAUAACAGAGUUUAGGACUACCUUAGGAAGAGAUGAGAUUGUAAUUUAACAACUUUUCACAAAUAACUUUCAUGUGUAGUUUCACUUGGCUCCACACAUAUCCUUGUCAUUUUGAUUUGUUUUUGUUUUCUACAAAUCUUUAUAAAAAACAUAGGAUUAAAACUUAGAAUUUAUUUAAAUGAAGGAAAGUAUAGAUAUGCUGAUUGUUUACAUUCUGUUCCUUGUAAAAUGAAAGGUAUAGAAAAGAGACAAUCGGAUUGAAGGACCCCACAAAUGAAAUUAUUUCUGUGAAAUGUGCCUACUGUUUUGCACAAGAAUGAUACUUACAGAACAGAUUGUAAAUGGGGGGACCUUCAGGAACAUUAGAUGGGAAGGGGGAAGAAAGAACACUUGAAACUACUCAGUGCCUAACACUAAUAGUCCAUUUGUUAAAUAAUUGUUCAAGUAGAAUCUACUACUUUUUUGGAUGUUGACUUUUUUUUUGGAAUGUUGCAAUGUCUUUAUAAAUAGUAGAGUGAUCCAAAUGCAUAUCUAGUGUCUGAACUCUUCUUUUUCAUAUAGAAUUUAUCAUUUGUUAAAUAACUGUAAGUAACUUAAUAAAUGUAAUAUAAGGAGCUCCUAGGUUGUUUUUCCUGCUCACUUGAUGCUUUUGAGACUUAUUCCAUUCCAUCAAUAGAACCACAAGUCACUUAGCCCCAGGAAAGCAAAAUACUGUUUUUGUGAAACAUUUCAUUAUUAAUUGGAAGCAAUAUGUACUGCUUUUUUGCAGUCAAUUUAUAGCACAGUGUCUUAUAGCACAAAUACUAGAAAUAGAAAUGUUGAAACAUUGCUUUGCAAUAUAAAAGGUAUCUGAUUCUUGUCUGAAAAUGUAUAUUAUGAUUAGUACUGUAUAGUUAACUAGAAUCCAGGACAAGUGCUAACAAUGUACUCCUCAGCUUCUCUCAUUAUUGUGCCUUUUUGUCCCUUUUUUACUAUAGAUUUAGUGUGAUAUUUUCUUGUUUGUAAAAUUUAAUCAGCCCUCACCAAAAACUUAGAGAG